AUGCUACCACCACACCGACGAACCCCGGAAAAGCUCAUUAUGCCAGAAGAGCUUGAAGCAACAGAGCAAGCAUCUACUGGACAGCCUUGCGCAGCAACGUGCAGGUCGCCGUCACUAGUUCCAGGAAAACUCUCACAACCAGGCGUUGACGCAGCAGCUCACUUUGACCUCGUCAUCAUCGGUGCCGGUCCUGCAGGCCUAGCCGUCAUUUCUCGUAUUCUAGAAUCACGCCCAGCUGCUCUCUACACAGAGGAUGAGCAUCGACAUUUGCAUUUCACCCAUCGACAGCGCACACCAGCGCUGAUCCCUUCCAAGGUGGCCAAAACAUCAACUACGUCAAAGAGCAGCAUCUAUAACAAGUUACAAGACAAAACGCGAAGAAGUAAGCCAAAGACUGGGAAAGGACUCUGGAACGCAGGUGAGAACGAUUCUAUGUUGUGCCCCUGCGAUGGUCGGAUCAAGAUUCUCGUUAUCGACAAGCUCGGCGAAGGCUUCAUGGGAUUAUGGAGAAGAAACUUCAAUGCUCUAGGUAUCAGCCAUUUGCGCUCGCCCAUGUUCUUUCACCCCGACGCUAGCGACUUUGAUGCUCUCAUUGCGUACGCAAAUCGUCAAGGACACGCGGACGAAGGAACUCCAGAUCAGGUGAUCGAGUUGAUCGAGAAACGAGUCACUUGUCGGGGAGAUAAAGUAGUAGCACCUCGCGGAAGAGGCUGCCGUAAACGGACAAGAGGCAAGCGCUCUCCUUCGCCUACAGAGCAGCAGAAUCAAGCUUUGAGCAAGACUCUUGGGUCUAGCGAUUCUCCACUUCCAGACCUUAUCGAAAUCCUCGGCGUAGUCGGCAAGGAGAAGUCAAAGCAUAAGCGCAAGCAGCAGCUGCAACAGCAUCCCAAAGAGCAUCAUUCGAACGCUGUUUCUGCUACGUCCGCCAAGGUACACGUCAACGAGAGAGACCGUCGCGACUACUUCACACCUAGCUCUGUUCUCUUCAACUCGUUCACGCGAGAUCUAGAGCAGAGGUACCGUAUACAACCAUACGAAAGCAGCUGCUCCAACACUUGGCCCAAGGUGUCUCAGUACUUCGAGGGCGAAAUCGACAAGCAAUUAGAUUUCACACUUAGUUCGCGUACUGAUUCAGUCACAGAAGCAGCCAGACUCGCUGAUAGUCCAGUGACUACCGUAAAAGGCUUCGUCAAGGAUCUAGUCUGGUUCGAUGGAGCCAAGCAAACGGUUCAAGACGACGUUGGCAACCACAGCCCAGGAUUCAUGCUCGAGCUCGUUGACAGCGUCGAUGGCCAGAACGACAGUGUAGUCAUCUCGGCCAAAGCCGUAGUCAGCGCUGUAAGCUUCGGCGGCGUUCCAAUGAUUCCGCCUUACAUUGAUACAAGUGGCACAGAAAAAGACACGGAUCGCUCCGCCAACUCAUCCUCGAUCUUGACUCCUCCAUCUCUUUCUCCACCCCCAGCAUGCGGCCCAGGCUGGAUGCACUCUAGCUGUCUCGCCUUCACGCCCUUCCCCCAGCCACCCUCUCUUGCUCCAUCUACGCCUGCACGUGAGCGGAAGAUGGUGGUUGUUGGUGGCGGUCUUACCUCGGCCCAAAUUGUCGUACGUGCCUUGGAAGCAGGCUUCGAUAAAGUCAUUUUCAUCACACGAGGCCAUCUCAAGAGCAAACACUUUGACGUCGAUCUCGGCUGGGUAGGACGAUACAGCAAUUACCUCAAGAUGCAAUUCUGGCAAAACGAAGAUGUUCAGGAGCGACUCGCCAUGCUUCGUGCCGCCAGAAAUGGAGGCAGCAUCACACCAACGUACCUGAAAGCGCUUGCGAGACUUCAAGCGAUGGGCAAGGUCGAAAUUCGUACGCAUACCACGAUCGCUGAUGCUGCUUACGGAACUUGUAGCGAGCUCAAAAAACGCUGCAAGAGAGAUGUAGAGGAGGGAGAAGAUGAUAGUUGCAGCCAAACGGAGGAGGGCGAGGAUGAAACUGCGCAACCGGAGUCUACUGACGGCGAGGACGAGCCAGACAGCGGAGAGAAGCAAUGGGCACUCGAGUUGCGCACCAGCACAGACGGCGGGAACGUCGAUAGGAUCUUCGCCGAUUAUCUCUUCCUCGCCACAGGAGCUAAAAUCGACUUUGGAGGUCUGCCUUUCCUACAACACAUCCAGAAAACACACCCUGUGCGACUGGUUGGCGGAAUGCCAGUACUUACUGCCGAUCUCGAGUAUCGACGCGAUGUGCCGCUCUUUGUUACUGGCACCUACGCAGGCCUGCAGAUCGGUCCGGCCGCAGGCAACCUAGGUGGCAUGAGAGACUCGGCUGAUCGCAUAGCCAAUCGACUUCUCGAGUUGCUCUCGCUUCCUGAAGGCGUGAUUCCCAAUGUCGUUUCUCUUCCAGAGACCGUCGUACCUAGACCCCUAUCCGAAGCUGCUCCACAACACAACGAGACUACUACCACAGAUUCUUCACCCGCUAAACCCCGCAAGGAGCGCGUCAAAGCUGACAAGUCUUCGCCGUUCACGCAUUUCAACUUUGAUCUUCUUUCGAUCGAGGCCUGA